AUGACGGAGGUUUGGACACCACUCUUGAAAGAACGCGAACGAUCCAAGCAAUACGGUCGCGAGAAUUGGACCAUUGAGGAAGUAGAAAGAUACAUGAACCUCUUACUUCGACAGACUCAUGUGGACUUAGAGAUUUUUCUCAUGCUUGAUGCGCUAGACGAGUAUGAUGGACAACCUGAAUUCAUUUCCAAAAUUUUAAAGGAGAUGAUGACAAGCACUAUCGAUUCUCGCACAAAACUCAAGGUGCUUUUCUCAAGCAGACCAUGGGAAUACUUCAUGCAGCAGUUUCAAAAUUGGCCUUCGAUACAACUACAGAACUAUACGAAGGGAGAUAUCGAGAACUACUGCUGGAGUUUUGUCUAUUCAAAAGGUGGUGCGGUCUCUACAACGUUGGAACUUGUGGUCCAGGAUGUGAUUAACCGAGCAGACGGCGUUUUUCUCUGGGUUAAACUGGUAUUGAACGAAUUGGCGAAUGAAGCCCCCCGGGAAAACGACCCUGACAAGCUCGUAAGUACCCUCGAUUUGAUUCCUUCGGACCUACAUAAUUACUAUACCAAGAUCAUCCAAGGAAUCCCCGAGAACUUCCGAUGGUAUUCAUAUGUGAUAUUCGAAGGAAUUUCGAAGCAAUCGUCUUUUCCAACACUCGAUAGUGUGAUACAUGCCCUUGAAUGUUCUCGAUAUUCAACUCUCAGAGAAUGUUGUGAAGCUGGAGAUGAAUUGCGUCCCAAGAUGCGCCAACAAUCAUACAUAGAGGCAAUGCAGGGCAAAAUACUAGCUAGAAUGGGGAAUCUUAUUGAGUUUCACUCUAUCAUCGACGGGAUGCUUCGCGCUGUUGACGUCCAAUUCGCUCACCAGACUAUUAGAGAUUUCGUUCAGGGCCAAAGUUUCAAACAGCUCAUUUUAGGCCGAAGAGCUACACGAACCAGGGAAAAUGGUUACACAUUCUUGGCUAAAUAUUGUCUCGUCAAUUCUUGUCUCUCCAAGGGUAGUAUAGGGGAGGCUGCAUCAUAUCUUAGGGGACACGAGAUCACGACUGGAUACAGCUUGAAAUACUUCAUUGAUAGCGUUCUAGACCAAGAUUUCAAAAACAAGUAUGCGUUUGAAAUGUAUGGAGGCCCCUUGAGUAUUGCGAUGAUUGGGAACUUACAGAUAUACAUGAAAGAAACAUUGCAGAGCAAUCCUGGUGUUUUCAGGAAGACGCGGGAGAAGCUUCUCUCGAUGAAACCAUUCCCCUUUCCCUACCUUUUGCAUGAAGAAGUAUAUUCAGACGUAAACCGGACACAGCAAAUUCUCCUAAGCCUCAUUUUAGAAAAUGGCUACACUACUCAUAAGGACCCCCUAGCCUUCGAGGAAAUCAUGAUGGACAUCGAAAUUGCUGGGCCCGGAAGCUAUGAUCGCAUCAGGUACCCAUCGGGAAAGGUUGAUUUCACCGAAGCCAAAGCCAUGAAACUUGUUCAAUAUGGCCAAGAUCCAAACACGCCAAUUGCAUUCUCGAUGCCUCCGAGUAACGUUUGGAAACGAACACGGGGUCAACACGUUAGCGAACGAGUUCUUGGGCCCCUACAUAUAGCUAAGACGGCCGAAUUUGUCCGUUGCCUUUUAGAACAUGGAGCAAGGGUUAACGAGCCCGAUACGUUCGGAAGCACGCCUUUGGACCAUGUGUUCUCUUCCAUACGUCUCACUAGCCUCACCCCCGACUCUAAACGCAUAUGGGUCUCGUUAUUGUAUGAGACUGCUAAAAUAUUGAUUGAGCAUGGUGGCACUACCAACACGAGUACAUGGAAACAUUGGGAAUCGGUCUUGUUUAAAUUAAGAGUUGAUGGUCAUGAUGUAAAACAAUUCUUGGAGUGUCGCGAUAAAAUUCGGUUUGAAGAGGAUGUGAACGAUAAGCGCCGGGGGGUUAAAGGAAAACUGUCUAUCUUGUUGAUGAGAAAUUAG